AACGCGUCACACGCGCGUGCCGCAGCUGGAGGAGGUCCACUCGGAGCCCACGGCAAGCGAGAGUCAACGCCGGUACGCGCGUUCUCUCCGCCGCCUGCUCGCCCAGAGGCCCGUCAGCUUGGUGGCCAGGCCGGCCGGGAGGGUCCGAGGAUUUCUCUACGACGUGGCCGCCAGCAAGGAGCUGGCUGUGGCGUCCGCGGUGUUGGCGCUGCUCAACGGCAUGCUGCUGGCCUCGGAGCGCUACGAGUGGAACGGGCGGCAGCGGGCGGCGCUGGGCCGCGCGCACCUCGUCUUCCUGGUGGGACACGCCGCCGAGCUGCUGCUGCGAGCCGCCGCCACGGGAGCCGCCUUCUUCGCCGUCAAGUGGAACCAGUUCGAGCUGUGCGCGCUUGUCCUCUCCCUAAUCGGCGACGUCGUCCUCCUGUCCGGCGUGUCCCAGUCCCGUCCCGAGUGGGUCCUGCUGCGGGGCCUCCGCACGCUGGCCAUUUUGCGCGUGUUCCGCAGCCUGGUGUCGGUGCGAGGCGUGCGCCAGCUGGUGCUCAUAUUCGCAGCCUCGGUGCCCGCCUUCAUCAACAUCGCCCUGCUGCUGUUCCUCGUCAUGUUCGUCUACGGCGUGCUCGGAGUCUCGCUGUUCGGGACCCUCCGCUCUGACGACAGCUUCAGUGGCCUGGUGAACUUCGGACAGCUCUGGCGCGCGCUUCUGCUGCUCUUCCGCCUAUCGACGACGAGUGCGUGGAACGAGGUACUCGGCUGGCUGCUGCCGGCCGGCAAGGGCCUCGCGGUCGCCUACCUCGUCUCCUACCUGUUCAUCUCCAACUUCAUCAUCUUCAACUCGUACGUCGCCGUAUUGCUGGCCGGAUACGAACAAGCGCUCAACACGGAGCUGAGCGGGCUGUCGGACGCUGACCUGGUGGACUUCGCGGCCGCCUGGGCUCGGCUCGACUUGGCCGCUCGGCGGACGCUGCCGCUGGCCGCGCUGCCCAGCCUGCUGGACUCGCUGCCGCGUCCUCUGCGGCUGCCGCGGCCUAACACGCUGGCGCUGGCCAUCAUGGACGUGCCCUUGCUCAGCGGCGACAGGGUCCACUACGUGCACCUGCUGCAGUCGCUCCUGCGCGUGCGCAUGAACGUGUACGAGCCCCUGUGCGAGCCCCUGCAGAGCAGCCUGGACGCGGCCGCGGCGGCCGCCUACCCGGAGCUGCGGCGGCCCGACAUGCGGCCCGUGUCGGGCACCAUGCAGCGCCAGCAGGAGCAGCGCGCCGCGCUCGUCCUGGCCGAGUUCUUCGUGCGCGGCUGCGAGCGGCUGCGGCUCGAGCGCGCGGCGCGCACCGUGCAGCGGGCGUACCGCGCCCACCGGCUGCGGCGGACCGUCACGCUGGCCAACCGCCUGCAGCCGUUCCCGCUGUUCCUGCUCACCCAGACCAACCUGCAGUACUGGUGAAGCCGUCCGGCGCCCGGGCCCCGCGCAGGCGGUGCUUCCAACCACGCGGCCGUCGCGUGAAGAACGAUAUCGCGAGCCGGGGAGACUGGCUCGUGGAACUAUUGCGAGACAUUGGCCGUUGCGCUCUUUUUUUCUUUCUUUAUUUUUUUUUUGUGGUGGAAUGACAGCGCCAGCGCGACUUUGUAUAUAUUUGUGACUUUUUGUCGACCGUAUUGCUCUUUCUUUAUUUAGCCUUUCUUUAUUUUUUUUCUUUGUUGUUGUUAAAUUAGAUUAUUCGAUUGUCUCUUACAGUGUAAGGCUCUCUGUUAGGCUGACUACUAAACUGUUUCAAAGUUCCGCCAUAGCUUCCGAUUUUUUUCUUUCUCUUAUUUGUCUUCUCUUUUGUCGGGCAAGUUGUCUCUUGAUAUCAUGAUAUUACAAUUCUCUAAACACUUUCUUCUUUUUUUUUAUGCGCCUAAAUGUUGACGAGAGCUCAAGAGCGUUCUCUCCGUUUCACUUAGGGUGCUUAAAAUGCAAUCAACGGCAUCGCUCCCGUGGGGAGCUGUGAAGUGGCCGAAACACGAUUGUCCAGUCUCGUUGAAGAAAAACAGUGCGGGGCUUGUGGUUAUGUUCCUUUUGCUCUCAUAAGCGCGUUAAUGUUUGGUUCCAGUUCAGCAGUGUUUCGAUUCUGUUUCCGUGUCAUUCCCAGCAUCAAAAAAAAAAUAACUGUCUUUUUUGUGCAUUAUACUGUUCUAGUGCGAUGUACUAUUGUUUGUAGCAGCCGGAGAAAUCUCUUCCCUGCCCCUAACUCCCCCCCUCCUUAUUUUUUUCGCCCCGCAAGGCUGCUGAUCUUCGAAGAAGAGACGUGCAUUAGGUGCGGUGUGACAGCAGCAUGCGCCUUUCUUUCUUCUUUUUAAAAAUUGUGAUUAAGACUUGCUUUAUAGCAGAAUGUAUGCUGUGUAUUCACCAUUACUGUUAGCUUCAUGAGGCAUUGUGAUAACCACGAUUUCAUAAAAUUGCCCUUUUGCAUCCGCACGAGUUGUACGCUUCCUCUCUUGCUGUCACUUUAUACACACUGUCUCGACUACAUUUCUACACAUUCUUGACGGAAGUGUCACUAUAGUCCCGCCGUGGUACCUGUGAUAUCAGAACAAUUAAGCUCGACGAGUGCAACUCAGCCUCUUGCGCAAUUUAAUGUCCAUGCCCUGAUGAAAGUGUUAAGGGAGAAUGAUAACAUAAAAAUAAACAGCGACCCUCGUUGAACGAAUUGAGUCGUAUUUCGCGUGAGCGUACUUUCUCUCAUUUAUGCCGUCAUUUUAUUUAAUUAUUUUAUUAUUGUUUGUCUAACUGCUUAUCUUAUUGUUUGUUUAGUUAUUUAUCUUAUGUUUUAGCACACUCAGCCGACUCCGCGUUGACUUGGGCGCGGUACUGGGCAGGACGGGAAGCUCGUCUUGUCUCUGGUCGAGCUGCAUGCUCUUCGGGGGCCUCCAUGGACACGUCUACCUCGAAUGUAUUUCCGAGCAUGCUCGGCCCGGGCUUGGCGAUUAGCGACGACUUCGGGAUCGGUAGCCCCAAGUUGUUCUAGACGGCGCUUCCGUUGCAUCUCGGUCCUUCUAGCCCGCCGUUCGGCUGCAAGAUCAUGAGAAGGGCAGGCUCCGUCCAUCCUACUCCACAGCGAUGAAGCACGGACUGUUAAUUCCAAGCGUCGAUACGGAACUGAUUACAUGCCUCUUCGAGCGCCGAGUUAUGUCGGGCGCUGAAGCCGUCCGCUCUGCGUUACCUGGGCGAGCUGGCACCGCGCCAGGUUUUUCCGAUGACGUCAUCCGAAGCGCCACUCGCCCAUUCUUAUUUAUAGAUCGUCCAUCAUCAGCUGUGAGAGCUGCGCCGCUGACCUCAUUCUUGGCGCUGUGGAAACAUUAUCGCCGAGCUUCAUACACCCGCAUCGCGAAUCUUCAAAGUGGGGGCAUAUACGCUCACGGGUAAUAAUAACGAGGUGCGGAAGUUGACCAUGUUAACCAGCUACAAAGAAAACGGGUUCACAAAGAAAACUUCGCAGGCGAAUAAGUUCUUCCGGCUUUUGUAGACUCUAUUGCCCCACGAAAGACAGCAGGUCGUCUCAGCGGACGCCGCCAUCUUGUCGCGAACAAUUUCUUCAGCUUGAAUGGCACACCGCGCGUUCUCGGUCCGCUACACUAGU